UCUACAGAGUUAAGAGUACCUACGUCCUAUAUAUAAUUAUCAGAUCAUACUUAAUCCUGCUCUACCAUAAAUGUCAUAUUUUCGAGCUCUAGUAAGACCAACUCUAAGAUCUAAUCUUCCUCGGAAUCUCUCACAGCGCCAAUCUCGAGCCAUGCAUAUCAGGUCAAUUCCGAUGUGGGAGGGGUCGGGCAACAAUUAUGCCUACGUCGUCACGGAUGACAAGACCAAGGAUAGCGUCGUUAUCGACCCGGCACAUCCACGAGAAGUCCUGCCAGUCCUGAAGGAGCUGGUAUCCCGGGGAGAUAUCAAGCUCACUAACAUCGUGAACACGCACCAUCAUCAUGACCACGCUGGCGGAAACGUCGAGAUGCUACAACAUUACCCUGUUCCCAUCAUCGGUGGCGCAAAGUGCGACCAGGUGACCACCACUCCCUCCCAUAACAGCACAUUUCCCAUCGGCUCGUCCAUUAGCGUGCGUGCCCUACACACCCCGUGCCAUACGCAGGACAGCAUCUGCUACUACUUGGAAGACUCCUCGACGAACCAGCGGGCCGUGUUCACGGGGGAUACACUGUUCAUCGGCGGGUGCGGCCGGUUCUUCGAGGGUAACGCCGCGGAGAUGGACAAAGCGCUGAACGAGAUGCUGGCGGCGCUGCCUGAUGAUACCGCCGUGUACCCUGGGCACGAGUAUACGAAGGGCAACGUCAAGUUUGCUGUCUUAGUUAGCCAGAGCGACGCCGUGUUGGGCCUCAAGAAGUUUGCGGACGAGAAUAAGGAGACGCAGGGGAAGUUUACCAUCGGUGACGAGAAGAAGCAUAAUGUCUUUAUGCGUUUGGAGGAUCCUGAGAUCGUGAAGGCGACUGGUAAAAACACCAGGACGGAAGUGAUGGCGAGAUUGCGAGAGAUGAAGAACGCAUCGUAAGCCAGAUGUUGCCGAUGUACUCAUGCCGACGCUAGAAUAAACUGAUUGAUAUCAUUCUGUAACUACGACUAAAUAGUAUUCCAGCCGUCCCAGAAGCCGUUAUCGAAUAUAGCCUCACUAUACAAUUGCAGAGCA